AUGUCUUCAUCACGAUCAGCAAGUAUUUCAUCGUCUUCCGGUGAUUCAACAUCAUCGCAAACAGCGCAGGAUGAAACCAUCGCCAACGAUCUUGUUGUUACAAAAUAUAAAAUGGCAUCGGAAAUCACUCAACGUAUUCUUCGCGAAGUUAUCGAUCGGUGUUUAUCUGG